AGAUACCUGUUAGUGUCAUUUUCUUGUAACAUUCUACUUCUGCUUCAUUUUCUAGGGGUGAAGCUAAGUAGCCUUCUUGGUAAAAAAGGAAACUUGGAAAAUCUGCAGAGCUACUGGGAAGUUGGAUUUUUUCUGGGAGCCAGUGUCCUAGCCAAUGACCACCUAAGAGUCAUUCAAGCAUCAGAAAAGCUUUUCAAACUGAAGACACCAGCAUGGUACCUCAAGUCUAUUGUGGAGACAAUUUUGAUAUAUAAGCAUUUUGCAAAACUGACUACAGAACAGCCCGUGGCCAAACAAGAACUCGUGGACUUCUGGAUGGAUUUCCUGGUGGAGGCCACAAAAACAGAUGUGACUGUAGUUAGAUUUCCA